AAAACAGUCACGACCAACUCAUGUUUCAUUGUCCAUCUUUUAUGUUGUAUAGAUUUAACAAUGUUCAUAUGUCAAUUGUAUCUGUACGAUGAAUCAUCAACUAUUAAUCCUUGCAAUCAUUAUGGCAAUGUCGCCGUCUUAUACACCUGUAUAAGACGAGAGGAGGGAGUAAAAAAACAUUGGCAUAGAACCAGGUUCAAAGGUCGUCAAAGUUUGUAAGCCAAGGCUGUGUAGAAUAUAACACACACACUUGUUGCGUUGACCACGAAAUGUUCGUAUGUGUGUGUGUGUGUGUGUGUGAUGAUGAUGAUGAUGAUGAUGGACCACUACUAAAACUUAAUUGUCUUGAAUCCACCAUUCUCAUUCUUCCCUUCUCGUUUGUGUUGAGUGUGUGUGUGUAUGCAAUUGGCCAACUAGCUGAACAUUCGUGCUAGUCAUAAUAUAUACUCGUCAAGCGAGCUCAUUACAUACGUCGAUUCAAAAUGAGUUUAGCUUGCUUGGCACAAACAAAUACAAGUAUAUAACAUCCAAUUAAUUCAAAGUCGAAGAAGCAUCGAAAAGUUGACAUUUGAUAUUCGUAUUGAUCAUCACAAUUUUAAAUGGAUUGUGGUCAUUACCUGUUUACCUGAUGUUUAUAUUGGUUCUCACGCUACCUGUUGUGAUGGCUACAUUCUCCAUUCGUAUGGCUUCUUGAUUGUGCUUACUCAAAACAUCAUCCAUUCAUAGUGAUUGUCAAGUUUCAAAUAUCAUUACCAUUCCAUUACUAUCAAUAUUGCGUACGUGUGUGUGUGUGUUUGUAUUAAUUUUUGUAAUUUUUGAAUUCAACCAUCAUCAACAAUCUAAAAUCAGAAUUAUAAUGGCAUUUCAAGUUUGAUUUGAUUAAAUUUCUGAAUAAACAUAUCACCAUCAAGCUAUGGAGCUCAUUGUGAUCGACAAUAAUCAUGAAGAUAUCGAUGAUUGCAUCCAAAAUCAACCACGUGAUAAACAUUACAAUCGUUCCACUAUACGACCACAUUUGCUUGAUCAUCGGACACAUAUUCGAAGACGGUUUACGAUAUCAAAUCUACAUCAAUGGCCACCUUUUGUCAUCCCCACAAUACUAAUGUUACUGCUGCAUAUCAUCACGAUUGUCCACUCAGCUAUUCAUCCACCUCGUGAUCUAUCGGUUCAAGUGCAAAGUGGCAAAUUAGUAUUACUUGAUUGGAAUCCCCCAUUGGAAGGCCGUUUUCAUUCAUUCAAAAUAACUAUAGAACCAUUGUCUAUCCAAGAUGAUAGUGGAAUACGGACAAUUGUCGUUGGCUUGCACGAUGCUACACCGGUUCCAAUACGUGAUUUGACACCAGGAGCUUCAUACCAAGUUCGCCUGCAUACUGUCUACCGAAAUGAAGAAUCUCGCCAAUAUCUGGAAGCCAAUUUCACCACCAACCCAGCUUCUUUACCUGAACCCAAAAUCUGGUUCCGUAAUGAGACGACAUUGCUUGUCAAACUUGCCAAUCCAGCUGAAUCUAUCUUUGAUCAUUACCGUGUCACGAUUUCUCCAGACGAUGCUUAUGAAUCCAUAAGAAUUAUCGAACGUCCGGAACUUGGACAUCGACCUUCGGUUGCUUUUCAUGGGUUGACGGCAGGCAAAACAUAUAACAUCUCGGUACAAACGCAAAGCAUAGACAGAUGGAGUGAACCAACGGUAGACACAUUUACCACGAUGCCAUUCGCUCCUGGUCAUAUUACCGAAUACGAGGACUAUCCUGCCAGAACAUAUUCGAAUUCUGCUCCAACCUCAAUUCAACAACACGAACCUCCCACAUUCACUAACGGUGGACCACCAGAAACGUUAACUAUACAAGACGGACGUGAUGCAGAAAUCCAAUGUGAAGCUACUGGAUCUCCAUUUCCUACUGUCGAGUGGUGGUAUCAAACUACCGGCCAACCAAAACGUCGUCUUGAUUUGGAUUCAAAACGAAAAUACGACAGCAAUGCCCAUGGAGCUUUGAUUAUCACUCAAGUAGAGAAAUCGGACGAGGGCAUGUACACCUGCGUUAGACAAAACAAUAUAGGUGUAAUCAACGGAACGACACGUUUGUCCGUCAUCAUACGUACACAGAUUGACCAGCCACCGGUAGACAGUAAAGUCAUUCUUAGUUCGACUGCUGAACUUCAAUGUCGUGUACGUCACGAUCCGACAAUUCCGGUCAAAGUUUACUGGACUUUUCAAAAACGAAACCUGACGGCCAUCACCUCUUCACGAAUCAAAAUAACGGCCGACAACACAUUGCAUAUCGAACAGGUGCGAAACACUGACGUUGGUCUUUAUACAUGUCGUGUGGAAUCUAUUGGCGGUAAUGACAAGCGCUCUGCUCGACUUGACGUUAUAGAAUUGCCACACCCACCAACCAAUGUUGUAGCCACACUCAACGUCAACGGUGGUCUCGUAAACGUAUCAUGGACGCCUCCGUUUGAUGGAAAUUCACCCAUCACUAAAUAUGUAGUUCAGAUGCGAACGAUCGCUAACAACCCUAUUAAUCAUGCAGAUUCUGAUUCGACUCGGGUUACAGCAGGAACAGCUUCAAAGCAACCAUCUAAUGACGACGAACUAGUUUAUGGUGUCAACACAUGGACAACAGCUUCAAUGAACAUCUCAUCCACACAGAAUUUUGUACUCAUCACCAAUCUUCGUCCUGCAACUACCUAUCAAUUCCGUGUAUCGGCCGUAAAUUCUGUGGGUGAAGGUCAGCCCAGUGCUUCGUCUAAUCCACCGAUUACAUUGCCUGCACAACCGCCAAAUUCCAGUCCAGUAGGUGUGGUAGGUGCUCCUCGUUCAUCGACAGCCAUCACAAUCCAAUGGCAGCAGCCACCUCCAGAAUCACAUAAUGGCCACCUGUUGGGCUACAUUGUUCGUUACAAACUGGCUGGCUAUGCCGAACACACCCCUUGGUACACGUACAAUGUGACCAAUGCUGCUCAAAUGUCCUGCUUGCUUGAAGAUUUGAUCGUAUGGCAGAAUUAUCAGAUUCAGGUAGCCGCAUACAACGAAAUGGGUAUAGGUAUUUAUAGUUCCAGCAUUUACGUUCGAACCAAAGAAGGUCGACCGGCCGCACAAGUCAGAGCGUUACUGGCCGAAGCCAUUAAUUCUACUGCCAUACGUGUUCAAUGGUUUUCACCCGAUCCACAGCUCAUCAACGGCAUUAACCAAGGUUAUAAAGUUCAGGCUUGGAUUUCAAAGAAUUCCACGGCCACCAAUGUAAAUUCAGCCAAUCCCACCGAAGAUUAUCCAUCGCUAGAAUCUAACACACAUCCAUAUCCGAGUGUCGGACUGUUUUCAGAACAGUUGGCUCGCGAAAUCACCGUACCACCCUCACCAUUUCAUCAGGAUGGUCAACAAAUUGCCAUCAUGGACGGACUAGAACCAUAUACUACGUACGACGUAACUGUUCUUUGCUUUACUAGUGCUGGCGAUGGACCAAAAUUUGAACCACCUCCUGUUGUUACCACCGAACAAGAUUUGCCUCAGGAAGUAGCUUUUCUUAAAUUCCGUGAUAUCCUCGACAAGAGUGUUCGUGUCAUAUGGUCGGCCGAAAAAGUUAAUGGCAAAUUGAAAGGUUAUACACUUCGCUAUUAUUCUGUCGGCCAUGAACGAACCACCGCUAUAGUUAAGAAUCUGACUGCCACAGAAAAUCAGACCAUCAUCAUGAAUCUUAUUCCUCAAACCGCCUACACAUUCCAGAUAAAUGCAUGGACGGAUGUUGGAGCUGGACCUAUUAUUAGUUCGACAAUUCAGAGUUCAGUCCCACCUGUUCUUCCAAUCGCUCCUACUCAUCUGGCCAUAUCAAACAUACAGCCUUUUUCUGUCGUCUUGCAAUUCACACCUGGAUUUAAUGGCAAUGCAUCUAUCACCAAGUGGAUCGUUGAAAGUCAACUCUAUAAAUUACGUAAUGCUGAAAACUGGUCAGUCAUUUAUGAAUCGAUUAAUCAUACACAGGAAGAUGCCAUCACUGUGCACAAUCUUCGUCCGUACGUCGAAUAUCGACUUCGUCUCAUUCCUGUAAAUGUAGUGGGCCCAGCACUCAAACCAUCUGCUCCUUCACCUCCAUUUCAAACGUUGCAAGCAUUACCACAGGGUCCACCAUCAAACGUUACCGUACGUACAGUAUCGGCUACCGCUUUGCGAGUUCGAUGGACACCACUUCCGCCUGAAUCAUGGCAUGGCCAUCCACGUGGAUACAACAUCACCUGGCGUCAACUAACAAACGAUGGAUCGCCAAUAACAAAUGAGCCUUUGAAAUGGCACAUUCUUUCUGAUUAUCAUUCACAUUCUUACCUUAUCACCUCGUUGAAAGAAUACACUAACUAUGGAAUACAGGUGUUUACACUCAACGAUCUUGGUACAUCACAUGGCAGCCACUAUUACAUACAACGAACCAACGAAGCAACUCCAAGCUCUGGGCCUCAUUCUGUCCAGGUAAGAUCCACUUCAUCGACGACCAUCGUAGUCGACUGGGAUGAUGUGGCCGAGUACGAUCGUAAUGGUAUUAUCCAAGGCUUCAAAGUUCGAUACGCAAUACUCAAGAAUGGUAAUGUUGCUCAAUUCAAAUUGAUCGAAAGCAAUUCAUCACGUACGGCUACACUAACCGAAUUGAAAAAGUACACUCGUUAUCAGAUCAGUGUGUGUGCUUUUACUCACGUUGGCGAUGGUGUUUAUUCAAUGCCAGUCAUGGCCGAAACAUUCCAGGACGUACCUGGACCACCGUCAAAUGUGACUUUUCCAGAUGUUACGCUCACCACAGCUCGUAUCAAAUGGGAUAUACCUGAAGAGCCUAACGGUGAAAUUUUAGCCUACAAGAUUGCCUAUCGUCUUAGCGAUGAUCAGUACUAUCACCAAUCACCUAUCACACGCGAGUUCCAAUCAACUGACCGGACCUAUCGAUUUUUAGACCUUCGUCCUGAAACAUACUACAUGUUCGAGGUUACUGCUAAAACGAUUGAAGGCUGGGGUCAAGCAGCUAAAGCACUGGUUUACACGACCAACACUCGUGAACUUCCAUCACCACCAUCACAGCCGCUUAUCAGUGUAUCGCAGAUAAGUUCGCGACAAGUAACCAUCAGCUGGACCCCUGGUCGUGAUGGCUACGCUCCACUCCGAUACUACACUGUGCAAAUUUCUAGCCAGGGUGGUCACUGGUGGACAUAUCCGCACAAAAUAGAUCCAACCAUUCGAUCGUACAAACUGACCAAUCUUCGACCAUUCACAACAUAUCAGUUUCGUUUGAAAGCUACCAACGAUAUCGGUGAUUCCGGUUGGUCUUCUGAAUCACCCAUAACUCGAACAUUACCAGCUCCACCAGACACAGUUCCAGAAUCAGUGACCGUAUCACCGUUCACACCUACAUCGAUAUCGGUUCGUUGGAUGUCUGUACAGGAUUGGAAUGGUGAUGAAAUGGGCGCUGGCUAUCGUGUCCAGUACUGUCUAAUAACCGAGCAAGGAGUGGGUGGUUCAUGUCCUUCAUCACUAGUUCGUGGCAAGAAUCGCACUCAAGCCACUAUCGACAAUCUUGAAAGAGAUCAGCAUUACGAAAUACGUGUCAUCGCUUUCAAUGGACAAGGUGAUGGUCCUUCUACCAAGCCCAAAGUUGUUUACGUUGGUGAAGCUGUACCUACCGGUGAACCAUUGGAUAUUUGUGCCGAACCGCUUAGUUCAACCGAAAUUAAGGUCACAUGGAAACCCCCAGAUCAAUCCAAACAGAAUGGCCAGAUAAUGGGCUACAAGAUAUUCUACUGGGUUCAUAUGCUUAAUAGAUCGAAUUCUGUGAUUGACUCGAAUCAACAUACAAAAUCGUUGCCACGCGAGAUGAUGGAGAUUGUACCUGACACACUUUCUUCGUUUAUUCUACUUGACUUGUACAAAUGGACCAACUACUCAAUACAAAUUUCGGCAUUCAAUCCAGCUGGUGAUGGCCCUAGAUCCAAGCCAACGAUCGUGCAAACACUAGAGGAUUUACCUGGUGAAAUUGGUCCUAUUGAGUUCGAUGAGAUCACCAUGUCACAGGUGAAAGUAUCAUGGCGUCCACCGGCAGAACCAAACGGUCUUUUGCUCGGCUAUUACAUCACAUAUGAGACAUUGAUUGGUGAUUUCAGCAAACAAGUCAAACAAAAAAUAAACGAUUCCUACCUGAUGGUCAGUGCUUUGCGUGAACGAGUUACUUACACGUUUAAAGUUCGUGCUGAAAAUAGCGUAGGCCUUGGACCUGAGCGUAUUGGAAAUGUGACAACCGGCCCUCAAUUUGAAAGUCCACCUCCACCUUUCGAAGUUAUAUCACAGCAAACGCUAACAUCAGUCCGACUCAAAUGGAAAAAUCCAGAUUUUCGCGAGCCGAUCUUAGGUUAUCUGAUCGAGGCUAAAAAUCUAAACAAAAAAUCGUCUCUUGAGUGGCAACCGAUUAUUACAUUGCGCAAUGGCCGCCAAGAUCGUUACGAGUUAAGCUUCACACAAUUAUCACCUUCUUCCCAGUAUCAAUUCCGAGUCAUGUCGUUCAAUCAUAUUGGUGUUUCUGAACCAGCCUAUCCAAACAAAUUGUAUGGUGGCCAGUCCAUUAUAAUGACGCCAUCGCAUUUGGAAUUAAGAGCUAGAAUGCCAUACUACCGAGAGACAUGGUUUGUGAUUCUCUGUGCCUGUCUCAGUGUCAUUAUCACCAUCAUGGUAAUUGCGGCACUCUGUGUACGUAACAAGACAUACAAAUACAAGAAAGAAGCAAUGCAAAACACUGGAAGUCAAGAUCGCCUAAGUGAACUUGGUUUUGGCCUUGAUGACAAUUUUGACAACCCACUGAGUCAGAUGGCCGGACAAUCGCUCGAAAUGGAAAUGCGUGGCAUAGUCAAUGGAGGUUCGACGGUUGGUCUCAUCAUGCCAAACAUGGCCGUUAAUAGCGAUACGCUGGUUCCAAUCGCUAUGGCCGGUAACUCUAACCUAAAUGAUCGCAAUCGAUCAACGCUACGAUCGAAUCGUGGCAAGGGCAAAGAUAAUCAUGCCAACAACAUGCUUAACACGGCCGCCAUUUCCGCCCAAGCCAGACAACCUCCAAGGCCAUGUCCUGGUUCGUUUUCUUACUCGGAUGAAGACGAUCUCGACAAUGAUGAUGACCUUUAUGUUGGUGAUUCAGAUAUAAAACCGCCCGCUGGUCUCUAUGAUCUGAGCAGUGGAAAUGAUUCGUUAACCGAAAAACCAAGCGAAUUGAGCUCGACUGGACCAGAUUCUGAAGAUUCAGAUGACCAUGAUGAGCUAGUGGCUGCCAAUAUGUUUGUAAACCAUUACGCCAAUGUAAAUGAUACUCUUCGUAAAGGAUUGUCUUGGAAAAAACAAGCCAAGCCUUACAUUGUACCAACAAGCAGUAAUCAAAACAUUUACACCACCAGUACAUCGAGCAAAGCUCCCCCUUCACAUCCACCCCCACCACAUCCAGCUUCAGCAGCCACAUCUAGCCGUUCUCCUUACAAACCGUUACCUUACCCCCCACCUCCCCCUCCACCGAUGAUACAAUCGACAGCAGCUUCUAAAGUUCCAACACCACCACCUCCAGCAUCAUCGUCUUCAUCACUGCAUGGAUCCAACUACAAUCUAACAUCGAAUCACCAGCCGCAAUCAUCAUUGUCCAAAUUCAUGGCCGCAUCGUCGUCCUCUCAAUCAUCAAUCAAUAGGGUCGGUUUUCCGAAUCGACCACCGCCUCCAGCUCCAGCCCCACCUAGUUAUCUAUCUGCAUUGAGUGGAGAAGCUGAAGUGGACAAUACCGUGACGUCUACUCAAUCACAAUCAAAUGGUGGCCCAAGUAAUUCUAGCGGCAGCAACACUGUUUUGAAUGGAGGCAGAAUCAUCGUAAAUAAUAUGGCCGGAAGUCGAGCUCCUUUACCAGGUUUCUCAUCAUUCGUGUAAAUAAAUACACACAUGUCUAUAGCUCCUACAGGUGUGGGAGAUCCAAGUGUAAAUAACAUUGGUUCAUUUGGUCAUAUUUUCACAUUGUAAUGUUUUAUCAUUCUCAUUUUCAUUUAUUUUGAAUAAAAUACUUAUACAUUCGGAAA